UUAUUGCCGGAUUCGGUUAAAUGCCUACGAUAUAUAUAUAUAUAUAUAUGCUCUGAAUUAUGAUUAAGGGUGGGCUCAUACGGGCCCAUUCCCUAUCUUAUACGCCAUUUCCCCACACUACUACCCACCUCAUCUCUGCUACUACAGAUUCACUUUGAAACAGUGCGUUUAACAUUUUGACGACGCGGCUGAUGAGAAAAUCAUUUUUCCCGAGUUUCCUGCCUCUUCGCAGUCCACAUUUACGAAUGUGUAUUCUGAAAGACCAUAAACUUGCAUUUUCACGCUGAUAGAAUUUCUUUCCGGUUUAUAAUUAGGAUAAUUUGCCUAUUUAGAGUGUCAAGUUGCGAAGUGAGAGAACAUAACCUCAAAAAUGACAACAGAAGCGACGGUUCUUUUUGCGAAGCUAGAAGCUUUAAAAGACAUUAGAUCAAAAACUGUGCAAUUAGAGAAAAUAAAACACAGAAUUGUUCAAGAAGUCGAACAAACUGAACAGGAGGACAAAUGUUUGUUGGAGUACAAACAGGAAAUGAAUUUGCUUAUGCAAGAAAAAAUGGCACAUGUGGAAGAACUUCGACAAAUACAUGCCGAUAUCAAUACGAUGGAGUCCGUAAUAAAACAAGCCGAAGAAUCUCGAAACAGAGCACGGGAAACCGCUAAGUUGAUUCACAUAAACGACUAUCAGCCUCUAAAACAUGACAUCGAUCGCAUGAGAAGAGAUUACUUAGGCCUCGAAAGACUACCUGAAUUAUGCGAAACAGAGUCUGAACUAAUUUCUUCCGAGUGUGUAUCAAAUAUUCCAUGUUUAGGGAGGACAACUUUAUGCAAUUACUUCGAUCGACCCGUACAGAAAUCCGAAUGGCGGAUGGACCUACGCAGCGAUGAAAUUAUGUCAUCUGUGAACAUGCAUGGCCAUCCAGGACACCCGGGAGGGAAUACAUUUUUGGCUCCUCAACCGCUUCAAGGUUCAAGUAAAUCGGAACAGAGGCCAUUGCCACCGGCUCCUUGUCCACCACCGGGGCCCACAUUCAGGUAUUCCUGGCAACAACCGCCGCCAAUGAAGUCUUGUCUCUCCUGUCACCAGCAAAUUCACAGAAAUGCGCCAAUUUGUCCUCUCUGCAAAGCCAAAUCUCGCUCGCGAAAUCCCAAGAAGCCAAAGAAGAAAGACUAAAAAUUGGAAUUGAUGUUCAAUAUCUAGAAUUUCAGAAUUUCCUAAUCGAAGCGCAAUAAAAAUAUGAAUAACGGUCUAUAUUCUAUAUAGAAUAUAAUUCUCCAAUUGUGCGUACCAUUAUAGGAGAAGAAAAUAACAAAAUCGUGCAAAGACUGUAUUUGUAUUCUAAUCAAUAUUGAUCAAUAUUACUUCCUUUGUUCAAUUUACACUCGAGACUGAAUGCGAUAUUUUCAUGAAGAUAUUCGUUUAGAUUUUAGUUGCUUGUGUUUUGUACUCUGCAUUGUUUUAACAUUUAAGUCUAAGUCCUAAUAUUUAGAGCUUAAAUUUCUACGCGAAAUUAUAUACUUUAGAAUUUUCUCUUCCGGGUUUGAAUUUAUAUUUAAAUUUGAGAUUGGAAAAAUAAAUAUAAUAAAAGA